AUUGACUCGUGAAGUACGCCUUCGUACAUUGGUUAGAACUCUAGAUAUCGAGACUCUUAAUUGACGUGCUAUAACACUAUUGAUACCAAAGGCAUUCAUUGACUUGAGUUGGUGUUAAUUCUCACACAUGUGACCUACACCGGUCGAGAUAUUUACUUUAUUCUUCGAUUUAAAUUACUUGUUCAAGCCAAAGAGUUUCAGAGGCUAAUUCUUCAUAAAGUGGACGUAUUGCUUUGCCAUUGUACGCAAUGAUGAACGACUAUGCUUCGCCAAUGGACACGAAAACAUCUGAUGGAGAUGUGAAAGUAGAUCUUCUGGAAGAUACGAAAAUAAAGAAGGGCAAAUCUUGUAUCAAAACUAAGAGGUUCCUCUAUGUAGUGAUUGCAAUCUUAGUUAUUCUUGUGGUAAUCUUUUUCGCGUUAUUUCUACGACUUGCUCUCAAACCUACAUUGCCAGAAAUAUGUGAAGACGAAUUCUGUAUCUAUGCUUCAAAAGGUAUACUUAACGCUAUGAACAAGUCCGUGAAACCAUGCGAUGACUUCUAUUCGUACGCCUGUGGAGGUUGGAUCAAGAACAACCCAAUACCCGACAGCAAAACAGCGUGGAGUCAGUUCAAAAUCUUGUACGAGAGAAAUGAAGAAGUAUUGAAGCAGCUUAUCUUUGACCCUGAGAUACGAAAGAAACAUAGUAAGAACGAAGCAGUUGUGAAAGCUUUCAACUAUUUCGAUGCUUGUAUGGAUAUUGAAAGGAUCGAGAAGCUCGGUGGGAAGCCAUUGGAACAGCUUAUCAAGGACUACGGAUCGUGGAACGUGACGGAUAAGAAAUGGAGUGCCAACUCAUGGGACUUCAUGACAAAUUUCGUUAAAAUACAGAAAGAACUCUCCAUUGCCUUGCUAUUUAACAUGUUUGUGGCUACAGACCUGAAAGAUUCAACCAAAAACGUCAUUGUAUUUGAUCAGAAUGGCAUUGGCAUCUCUAGAGAGAGUUAUUUCUUCAACACAACUUACCAUAAAAAGGUUCGCGGAGCAUAUAAAAAGUUCAUGGUGAAUUUGAUGAGACUUGUUGGAGCAGGAGAUGAGGCCCAGGCACGCGCAGACGAAGUGUACGCCUUCGAGAAAGAAUUAGCAAGGAUUUUCAUCCCAAAGGAGCAACGUCGAGACAGUAACGCAAUCUACAAGAAAAUGACGCUCAAAAAACUGAUUGAAGAAAUUGGACCAAGUCAAAUCAAUCUGACGGAAUUUCUAGUGCGAAUGUUCGCAGAGACUUCUUAUAAUAUAACCCAGGACGAGGAGGUUGUCGUCUAUGCCCUGGACUAUAUGAAGAAUGUUUCGAAGGUGUUUGAAGCAACUGAGAAGAGGAUAAUUGCUAACUACCUGAUGUGGCACGUAGUGGUACUGAACGGCGCCUACUUGUCCCAGGAAUACACCAAAGUCUUUGAUGAAUAUCGUAAAUCUAUCAUGGGCACGAGUGGCGAGGACCCUCGCUGGCAGACAUGUAUGAGUGAAGUACAGAAAGCCUUUGGUAUGGCCGUCGGGCUGCUUUUCGUUGACAAGAAGUUCAGCGGGACAAGCAAAAAGUCGGCUGAAGAGAUGAUUCACGCUAUAAGAGGAGUUUUUAUCGAUAACCUAAAGGACAUUGAAUGGAUGGAUGAAGAAACGAAGAAAGCCGCUAAAGAUAAGGCUGAAGCCAUCAGAGAGAACAUUGGAUACCCUACAUACAUCGUCAACGCCACCAAACUGGCUAAAGAAUACAAAGGGUUUGAUGUAAACAARACAACUCAUUUCCAAAACAAUUUGAACCGUAAAAGAUUUGACAACAUGAAGAAUUAUCAAGAAAUUGGAAAACCUGUUGAUAAAACAAUAUGGUCCAUGACCCCUCCCACCGUUAAUGCUUACUACUCCUCUUCUGACAACAAGAUUGUUUUUCCAGCUGGAAUCCUUCAAGAUCCAUUCUACGAUGAAUCCCACCCAAAAUCUCUUAACUACGGUGGUAUCGGUAUGGUUGUAGGGCACGAAAUUAGUCAUGGAUUUGACGAUAAUGGACGCAAGUUUAACAAAGACGGGAAUCUUAAAAAGUGGUGGACAAACGGUUCAAUCAAAGCAUUUGAGGAAAAAACAAAAUGUCUAGUUGAACAAUACUCAAACUACAAAUUUCACGGGAAAAAUUUGAAUGGACUUCAAACUCUCGGUGAGAACAUUGCUGAUAAUGGUGGAAUUAAGCAAUCCUUCCAGGCUUACCAAAUAUGGAAGAAGAAGAACGGAAAAGAAGAGAAGAGACUUCCAGGGUUAGACUUGAAUCACGAUCAGCUGUUCUUCUUAAGUUUUGCACAGAUCUGGUGUAGCUCGUUCCGUCCACUUGCAGCUGUUAGUGCUGUAGAGAAUGGAGUACACAGCCCAGGACAGUGGCGGGUCAUAGGUUCGCUUUCCAACUCGCAAGAAUUCGCCAAGGCCUACAAGUGUCCUGUUGGGUCUAGAAUGAACCCGGCAAAGAAAUGCAAGGUCUGGUAAGAACGAUCACCUCCCUGGAAUGGAAAUCAAGCAUUUAUAAACCACUCUUAUACGUAACUACCAUUGAUUUAAACCUUGGACUUCCUCACUCGCGACGUCGAUUACUUUUACUGUGAACAGUCCUUUCAUUACUAUAAGCAUUAAUAUGUAUAUUGUACUUUGUAUUAAUAGUGGUCCUAGGUUCUGUUCUUGAUAUUCCCCUUCACAGUUCCCUGCGCCAUCUUGAAAGGUAGCCGUGCCUUUACAUCGGAGCGAGACGAACGGUGAGCUUGCAGAUAUAGAGAUAUUUCUUAACACCUUGGACAAUUAUUCACAUCUCUCUAUCAUUGCAAGCUCACCGUUCGUCUCGCUUAGAUGCAAAGGCACGGCUACCUUUCAAGAUGGCGCAGGGAAAUGUGAAAGGGACUAUUGUAGAGAGAGCAAAACUUUGGCUUUAAGAUUAGAUAUGUGGCAUUGAAAACGAUAUUGCAACAAUCUGAUCACUACAAAUUUCAUAGGAACACUGAUGUAGGCAAGUUCAUUUGCCAACAAAAUCCGUGGUUCUGAUUUGAAUAUAAAAGCGCUAGAUUCUAUUGAAUAUUUUGUACUGCGUUUCUCAUCAGUCUUUCUAUGAAAUUUUAUUAGAAUCUAUUAGAAAAUGGUGUAUUGGACUAGAGAGGGUCCAGCUCUCUCAAAUGUAGAUUAAUGUGUGUUCCGUAAGCUUCGUAUGUCGUUAGGGAUUCAUAGCUGGGUCACUAAACAUUAAUUCAAUGAUUUUCAAACGCAAGAUUGACGUGACAAUUAUUUGCGAACAAGUGUAAUUUAAAACAACAAUAGUGUUGUCCUAUCGAUUGCGUUACGCUCUCUCGCUAGAGUCACGCAACUGACUUAAUCAUAGUUGAAAAUAAGCAAGCAAAACUUACCUAAAAACUUAUAAUCACUAGAUAGAUGCAUUAAGUAUUUUUCCUCCUUGACCGCUUUCCAUCAAGGAGUUUCAUGAUAGCAGCUGUGGAAUGCCGCAGGGAUUGGUUGUUUGUCCACUCUACUAAACUGUAAUCAAAGGCUUUAGAAAUUAUUGUACUUGAUUAUUAUUGAGCCGCGUCACUGAGUUUUUCUGCUAGCCGAUAUCUUAAAAGGUGUUUACAUACAACAACUGUGGGAUUCCACAGCGAUCAGCUGUUGAUCCACUUUAUUGCUAUAUAACGAAUUUCAUCAGCUAGCCAUUUUUACACUUGAACAAAGACUAGAACUGAGUAAUUGUGGUGAUGUGAUGAAAGUGUACCGUUGCUUUGUUGAGGUACAAAUGCUAUGAAAAAGGCAGGUUUCUCUUUACAUUUUACAAAUCGCUUUAAUCAUUCCUUAUACUUCUAAUUACGUUUUGAUACUAUAACUACCAGAGUCCUUUGCAUACUUCCUUUUGUUAAAACAUUUGAAUAAAAAAAAAAGCAAUUCCACGAUUCAAAAAGUAUUCUAGUAGCAGUGAUAUCAAGACGUAAUUGCUGAUUUUCAUAGCUGCCAUGUUGGUUGAAUUUGAAGAAAGGUAUGUCAUUAGUCUCUUUUGUUAURUCAUCCAACAUGGCGGCCACGUCUUUUGUCCUUGACAUGUGACGUCAUAGCCGCCAUGUUGGUUGACUUGAACAAAAGAUUUGGUCUUGGUCUCUUUUGUUAUGUCAUCCAACAUGGCGGCCAUGUCUUAUGUCCAUGUGCAUGUGACGUCAUAGCCGCCAUGUUGGUUGACUUUUACAAAAUACUUGGUUUGUUCUGUUCUCUUGGGAGUGAUGGAAAACCAACAAAGUGGAACGGAAAAAUGAGCUACAUAUAUAGACCUUUCCCGAGUUCGCUUGACCGAUCACAAAACAAUGGUUUCAAGUCGAGGUUGAACUUGAUGAAUAAAAGAAUCAAGUCAGUCUCGACUUCAAACCAUUGUUUUGUGGUCAUCCAAACGAAUUCGAGAAAGUUCUAUUGGCGCUCGCUACGUCUCGUACUCAAUUUGCAACUCGUUUCUUAAUGGAUGUAUAUUAAAUAUCCUUGAAAGCUUCAUAUAUCUUGAUUUAAACAUGCAUAAGUGGUAGUAAUUGGGGCUUAUUAACAAAUACAUGUUUAUUGUGCUUUUCUUGAUUAAACAAUAAAUUUCAAACGAUU